AUGAUCGCGUCCCAUCUGCUCGCGUACUUCUUCACCGAGCUCAGCCAUGACCAGGCGCAGAAGGUGGACAAGUACCUCUACCACAUGCGGCUCUCCGAGGAGACCCUCCAGGAGGUGUCCGAGCGCUUCCGCAAGGAGAUGGAGAAAGGGCUGGGAGCUGACACCAACCCCACCGCCUCGGUGAAGAUGCUGCCCUCCUUCGUGAGGUCCACCCCAGACGGCACAGAGGACGGCGACUUCUUGGCGCUGGACCUCGGCGGCACCAACUUCCGCGUGCUGCGGGUGAGGGUGUCCGACAACGGCCUGCAGAAGGUGGAGAUGGAGAGCCAGAUCUACGAAAUCCACGAGGACCUCAUGCGAGGCAGCGGGGGGCAGCUCUUCGACCACAUCGCUGAGUGCCUGGCCAACUUCAUGGAGAAGCUGAAAAUCAAGGACAAGAAGCUGCCCCUUGGCUUCACCUUCUCUUUCCCGUGUCACCAGACCAAGCUGGACGAGAGCAUCCUCGUCACCUGGACGAAGGGGUUCAAGUGCAGCAGCGUGGAGGGGAAGGACGUGGUGUCCCUGCUGCGCAAGGCCAUCAAGAAGCGAGGGGACUUUGACAUAGACAUCGUGGCCGUGGUGAACGACACCGUGGGCACCAUGAUGACCUGCGGCUACGAUGACCACAACUGCGAAGUCGGACUCAUUGUCGGUACUGGCACCAACGCCUGCUACAUGGAGGAGAUGCGGCACAUCGACCUGGUGGAAGGGGACGAGGGCAGGAUGUGCAUCAACAUGGAGUGGGGCGCCUUCGGCGACGACGGCGCGCUCAACGACAUCAGGACGGAGUUCGACCACGAGAUCGACAUGGGCUCGCUCAACCCCGGCAAGCAGCUGUUCGAGAAGAUGAUCAGCGGCAUGUACAUGGGAGAGCUGGUCCGGCUCAUCCUGGUGAAGAUGGCCAAGGAGGGGCUCUUGUUCCGGGGGAAGCUCACGUCAGACCUGCGCACUACCGGCCACUUCGAGACCAGAUACGUCUCCGCUAUCGAGAAGGAGAAAGAAGGGCUGCAGAAAGCCCACGAGAUCCUCACCAAGCUGGGCCUGGAGCCGUCCCACGAGGACUGCCUGGCCACCCACCGCAUCUGCCAGAUCGUCUCCACCCGCUCGGCCAACCUGUGCGGGGCCACCCUGGCCGCCGUGCUGCGGCGCAUCAAGGAGAACAAGGGCGUGGACCGGCUGCGCUCCACGGUCGGCGUGGACGGCUCCGUCUACAAGAAGCAUCCCCACUUUGCCCGGCGCCUCCAUAAGACGGUGCGGAAGCUGCUGCCCGACUGCGAGAUCCGCUUCGUGAGGUCGGAAGACGGCAGCGGCAAGGGGGCAGCCAUGGUGACGGCCGUGGCCUACAGGCUGGCCGCCCAGCACAAGGCGAGGCAGAAGAUCUUGGAGGCGCUCAAACUGAGCCACGAGCAGCUCCUGGAGGUGAAGCGGAGGAUGAGGGUGGAGAUGGAGAAGGGGCUGGGCAAGGAGACGCACGCCAAGGCCACGGUGAAGAUGCUGCCCACCUACGUGUGCUCGACUCCGGAUGGGACAGAAAAAGGCGAUUUCCUCGCCCUGGACCUGGGGGGCACAAACUUCCGCGUGCUGCUGGUGCGCGUGCGGAACGGGAUGAGGCGCGGCGUGGAGAUGCACAACAAGAUCUACUCCAUCCCGCUGGAGAUCAUGCAGGGGACGGGCGAGGAGCUCUUCGACCACAUCGUCCACUGCAUCUCCGACUUCCUGGAAUACAUGGGAAUGAAGGGCGUUUCGCUCCCGCUGGGGUUCACCUUCUCCUUCCCUUGCAAGCAGACCAGCCUGGAUGAGGGGAUUCUCCUCAAGUGGACAAAAGGCUUCAAAGCGACCGGCUGCGAGGGAGAGGAUGUGGUGAGCCUGCUGAAGGAGGCCAUCCACAGGAGAGAGGAGUUCGACCUAGAUGUGGUGGCGGUGGUGAACGACACGGUCGGCACCAUGAUGACGUGUGGCUAUGAAGAUCCGUUCUGUGAAGUGGGGCUGAUAGUCGGCACGGGCAGCAACGCCUGCUACAUGGAGGAGAUGAGGAACGUGGAGCUGGUGGAAGGCGACGAGGGCAGGAUGUGCAUCAACAUGGAGUGGGGCGCCUUCGGCGACAGCGGGUGUCUGGAUGACAUACGGACAGAGUUUGACUUGGCCGUGGAUGAGCUGUCUCUCAACCCCGGGAAACAAAGGUUUGAGAAGAUGAUCAGCGGGAUGUACCUGGGGGAGAUCGUCCGGAACAUCCUGAUGGACUUCACCAAGCGAGGGCUGCUCUUCCGCGGACGGAUCUCCGAGAGGCUGAAGACCAGAGGGAUCUUUGAGACCAAGUUCCUGUCCCAGAUAGAAAGCGACUGCCUGGCCCUGCUGCAAGUCCGCUCCAUCCUCCAGCACCUGGGCCUGGAGAGCACGUGCGACGACAGCAUCAUCGUGAAGGAGGUGUGCACGGUGGUGGCCCGGCGCGCCGCCCAGCUCUGCGGGGCCGGCAUGGCGGCCGUGGUGGACAAGAUCCGGGAGAACCGCGGCUUGGACUUCCUCAAGGUGACGGUCGGCGUGGACGGCACGCUCUACAAGCUGCACCCGCACUUCUCCACCGUCAUGCACGAGACAGUGAAGCAGCUGUCCCCCAAGUGCGAGGUGACCUUCCUGCAGUCGGAGGAUGGCAGCGGCAAGGGCGCGGCGCUCAUCACGGCGGUGGCUUGCCGCAUCCGGGAGGCCGGCCAGCGGUAGGAGGAGAGAGGUUUGCCGAAGAGCUUGGUUUCAUCAAAACCGAUUUCCUUCCCCAUUCCCUCCCUCCGUACACACACCCCCACACACACACGUGGCCUCCCCUCGCAAGCAGACUCUUAGCUUUACUCAGUCCCUCGGGAUGCCGCGGGCGGGACUGGAGACGCGUUGUACAAAACGUUGUCUGGGGCGUUUGGUUGCAUGCUGUAAAAACCUCGUGUCGAGUAAAGCUAAAAGUGUCUUCAGCUGUGAACCCAUCCCAGCCGCAGCCGACGCCGAGCACCAGCACUCCUCCCCGCGCCUCCUGGCCGCUCACGCGUUCCCUGAUGGCAGAAACAUUAGAGUAAUGCCGACGCUGCAUCGUCACUUUACAGUAACCAGUACCUAUUUAUCUACGUCGUGUGUCCGUGCUGUAGAAAGCAAACCUCUUUCAGAUGGAGCUAAAGCCCUCCAUUAGUCUUUUACCCUGAUCACGGCUGUGUUAUUUCCAUGAAAGUCAUGGCAAGUCUUCGAGCACGGGGUGCGAAACCGCACCGAGAGGCGCCACGUAUCUCCGCACGGAGCGGCGAGCGGAGCCCGGCCUGGUGGACCCGAGGUGGCUCCGGUGGAACCGGGGAACCCCGGGGGAGGCAGGGGGCAAGCCCCGCACCCCCACCUCCCACCCGCACCCUACUCGAGCGUGGCCGCGUGCCCCCUGCCCACCGCUAGCACCCGGCCCCGCCGCACGCACGCGUGCGAAGAAGGCGUGCAGAAGCAUCCCGGAUUUGUGUCCUCGGCCGGCGCGGUGAGUCUUGGCUCAUUUUGUCUGUGGAAUAGCUCCACGUCUUCCUAGCCAUCAGGGGGUACCUGAGUUGGCACGUCGCGCGCCCACGUCUCGAGAGAGUGUACAUCUUUUCAUGUACCUGGCCUCGGGGGGCGUGCUGCUUAGCUUCCACGUCAUGUUAAUGUCAUUUAAGAAUGGUACGGAGUACUUCUUUCCUUUUCUUUCUUUUUAAUUUAAAAUUUCCUUGGGGUAGACUGGAGAAAAAGAGCCAAAUUCUGAGGGUGGUUGUGCAAGAACUUCAGGCAUCCUUUGUCCCCGGAGUGAAGGGGGCACCAGAAAGCCAGGGCCGUGCUGCAGGCAGGGGACGAAGGAGCCAACCCUGCUGUCACCCCCAGUUCGUGGCAGCCUCAUCCCCUGCCAACACCCAGGGCCUGAUCGACGCGGUGCCACCCCAGUGCCCCCGAUCAGUGUCACCCCGACGCCACUCGGGGCUGUCACCUCAGCCCCUUCCCAAGGCUGCGUGCACCGUGGUGCAGAGCAGCCCCCGAUUUCACCAGCAGGAGAGCCUGGGGGGGGGGGGGGUGAGGGGAACCAGCAGGGGCACGUGUGUUUCUGUAAAUAUUUAGUGGAAGGUAACGAAAUCCAGUGAUAUACAAAAAUAAUAAUAAUGAUAAUAAUAAUAAUUCCCAUGAACAGACCUUCAGUUUGGAGGACAGAGGUUUUUGGGUAUUUUUAUGUAUAUUUUUAUACUGCUUGGGGUCACCUUAUUACCAAAAGUAUCUCUUCUAUGUUGGGGGGUCGAGUUCAGUAGCACAAUUCUAAAGCAAAAUUGCUCUUUGGGCAUUUUAAAUGCUUAUUUUUUUAUGAGCCUCAAGACAAUUAUGAUGGAAUCUGACUGUGUAUAGAGGUGAUGUAAGAAACCAAGUUUAGUGGAAGUUUUAGAAGCUAUUAAAUAAAUUUUUUAAAGACGCUACAGAAAUCCUCUAAUCCGAUACCAAGCAGUUGUGUGUGAUUAUUUCCUGAGACGACUGAGGUCUUACCUGCUGAAAACUUGGAACAGAAAGGUCGUUGCCUGCUCCAUCGUGCAGAAGGGUGCCGCAGCGGCGGUGUUUUUCACCUCCUAGGGACUUACUCAGCUGUGCCCCUUUGGCGACACGCAGCAGCUUCGUCCGUCUGGGUUAAAUUUUCUGCAAGUGUCGUUUUUGGGGACAGGGCGGGGAGGAUGGGGACCGCGCACAGCCCUGCGCUCGUGGCCGAUUCAGGCUCCGUUGGUCUGAUUGUAAGCUCACACCAAAAUGUCGCCGUGGCACGUUAUGUGAAUGUGUUUAAAAUGAAGAAGGGAAGCUGAAACUGUAAUUAUUGACUUGAAGGGAAGAUCGAAUCUAUGUACGGAGAGGGACAGGCUGACCAGCCCGCCUCUCCUCCGGCGAGAAGCGCUGCUCUGUGGACGUAGGAUGGCUUUCGUUUUGUUUUGCUUGGUUGUCCCCAUUCAGAUGCAUUUUCCUUGUGCUCCUUCCUGCUGGCAUCUCCCAUGGCAGGAUGCCACCCUUUCCUCCCCAGGGAUCGUUCUUGGGGUACUUUGGACAGGGUUUUAUUGUUACUGCUUUUUUUAUAAGCAACAGAAUACCGAGCCUUGCAAUUUGCCUCUUCCUUUCUCGGGGCCAAAGGCCGCGUAUCAUCUCCUGUCACCUGAGGUGGAGGGAGGACCUGAGAGUUCCCGAGGUGCAGAGCUCUGGCCUGGAAGCAGCUGGCAGGGGAUAACCCAGAGGGGGUUGUCCUGGGGUGGCCCGGGGCCACGUUGCCUCCCCCCAGGCGAUCAGGAUGUGCCCAGGCUGUUGGCCAGAGAAAGGAGGGUGACAAGGACUGGGUGCAAAAUACCCCAAAUCCACGCAUCCCCGUGCAACGGGUGCCGUGGUAAAACAGCGACCAAAUACACUGGAACCAGGAACCUCGGUGCCCCACCUCACCACGCUCUCCUCCUCUCCUGAUAAAGAGGAGGAACCUUCUCUUGGCACAUCGCUUCUCUUGCUCUGGCAGAGGAGUGGGCACUGAAGGGGCGACUCCCGGUCACAAGGGAGCUUGGAGCAAGAGGGAAUCAAAUUAAUCACCCGCUGACAUCCCUCUCAGGCUGCUCUCUUUCAAACCUGAAACAAAGAAAAUGCAUCUUAAUGCGGACGCUGGCUCCGUGCGGGGCAGGGGGAGUUAAAUAAAGCCAAAGACUGUCCGGCUGCUAGCAGAAACGAGUGACUAGAUUCACCUGAUGUUGUUAUUUCGUGUUUACAAUAUUUAUUUUUAGUAAUUGACUGCGAUGAUAUUAUAUAUAGGCUUCCUUAUUUUUGUACUUUUCAUACCGUUUUCCUGAGCGUGGUGUUGUACUUCUCAGCUCCCCUUUGCCACGAUUGCUGCUCCUAGUCAGUGACAAAUAAAAAAAAGAGAGGAAAAAAAAA